GGCGGUGUCGGGGAGUCGGGAGGAUGGAGUAAACACCAUCCCUACAUCUUGAUUUCCUUUAAGCUUCAUGCCGGACCCUACCUGCUGUCAUCCGAGAUACCGCUAACAUCCCGCAGGCUGCUGUGCGUCCAACGAUGGCCGACCGCUGCGUUGAUCUGUCGGCUCUGCCUAAAGAGGUCAGGGACCAGCUGGCGGAGUUGGAUCUGGAGCUAUCCGAAGGUGACAUUACUCAGAAAGGAUAUGAGAAGAAGAAGACUAAACUUCUAGCUCCCUACAUCAUCCAGACUCCAGUGGAGCCGCCCCCUCAGAAUGACGUGCAGCCUCCAGCGCCCAGUUCCUCCUCCAGCCAUGCCCCUCCACCCUCCAGCUCAUCCCGUUACCGUGAGCGUCGCUCUCGCAGAACACAUCGCGGCGGAGGAACCAGAGAUGACCGCUACAGAUCAGAUAUCCACACUGAAGCAGUACAAGCUGCUCUGGCUAAACAUAAGGAGGAGAAGAUGGCACUGCCCAUGCCUACCAAAAGGCGCUCCACUUAUGUGCAGUCUCCUAUCCAAACCCGCACACCACCAGACUCCUCAUCAGGUUCUGAAGAUGAGACGUCUGCGCGCAGGCAGUCAUCAAUGGUCGCUCCCCCGCCUGUGGUCAAUCCCAACCUGCAGAGCCCUGACUCUUGGAUCAACCGCUCUGUCCAGGGCUCCUCCACCUCAUCCUCUGCCUCCUCCACCCUGUCCCAUGGGGAGGCCAAGCCGCAGCCACAAAGCCAGCCUCAGGCUCAACCUCAACCCCAGUACAAGCCACAGUACCAGCCUCUGUAUAAGCCUCACUACCAGCCGCAGUACCAGCUACAUGAGCAGCCACACACCGCGGCUGUGACAGACAGGCUGGCUCACAGUCGCAUUGCCCCCUCAGAGAACAGUGCCCCCCCUCCAGAUGUGACAGCUGUGGCCCGUCCAGCUAGAGGCCCACGGGUUGACCUGCCCUCCAACGCUGUGGUCCGAGGGAUGAGCCGGGGGCAGAGUCGCUCAAGCAUGAUGGAGACUGCGGACGGAGUUCCCGUGAACAGCAGGGUGUCCACGAAGAUCCAGCAGCUGCUCAACACCCUGAAGAGGCCAAAGAGGCCCCCGCUCAGCGACUUCUUCACUGACGACUCAGAGGAGAUCGUAGAAGUGGCCCAGCCAGACCCCAACACCCCCAAACCAGAAGGCCGUCAGAUCAUCCCUGUGAAAGGGGAGCCUUUGGGAGUGGUCAGUAACUGGCCCCCAGCCCUGCAGGCUGCAUUGGCCCGUUGGGGUGCCACUCAGGGGAAGAGCCCCGCCCUCACUGCUCUUGACAUCACGGGCAAACCUCUCUAUACACUAACAUAUGGGAAGCUGUGGAGUCGCAGUGUGAAGCUGGCGUACACUCUCCUGAACAAGCUGGGAACCAAGAAUGAGCAAAUCCUCAAACCUGGAGACAGGGUAGCGCUGGUGUACCCCAACAAUGACCCUGGGAUGUUCUGGGUGGCCUUCUACGGCUGUCUCCUGGCUGAAGUUAUACCCGUACCUAUUGAGGUGCCGCUGUCUCGCAAGGAUGCAGGCAUCAGCCAGGUGGGGUUUCUACUUGGCAGCUGUGGUGUCGGUCUGGCUCUGACUAGUGAGAUAUGUCUAAAGGGUUUACCCAAGACCCCCACAGGAGAAAUACUGCAAUUUAAAGGCUGGCCUCGACUUAAGUGGGUGGUGACAGACUCAAAAUACCUAACCAAGCCUUCCAAAGACUGGCAGCCGCACAUCCCAACCGCCAAUACUGACCCUGCAUACAUAGAGUACAAGGCGAGUAAAGAGGGCACAGUGGUGGGUGUGGCUGUGUCUAAAGUAGCCAUGUUGACCCACUGUCAAGCACUGACCCAGGCCUGCAACUACUGCGAGGGUGAAACUUUAGUGAAUGUCCUGGACUUUAAAAAGGACAUUGGCCUGUGGCACGGAGUUCUCACGGCUGUGAUGAACAGGAUACACACUAUAAGUGUUCCCUAUGCAGUGAUGAAGGCUUGUCCUCUCUCUUGGGUUCAGAGGGUCCACAUCCACAAAGCUCGUUUAGCUUUGGUGAAGUGCCGUGACCUGCAUUGGGCCAUGAUGGCUCACCGGGAACAGAGAGACACCAGCCUGGCAUCGUUGCGGAUGCUGAUUGUUGCUGAUGGUGCUAACCCCUGGUCGGUGUCUUCCUGCGAUGCCUUCCUGAACGUGUUCCAGUCCCACGGGCUAAAGCCUGAGGUUAUCUGUCCCUGUGCCACCUCCCCUGAGGCCAUGACAGUAGCUAUACGCAGACCGGGAUUACCGGGCGCACCGCUCCCCGCCCGUGCCGUUCUUUCCAUGGGCGGUCUGAGUCACGGGGUCAUCAGGGUCAACACCGAGGACAAGAAUUCAGCCCUCACUGUGCAAGAUGUGGGCCAUGUCAUGCCUGGAGCUCUGAUGUGCAUUGUUAAACCAGACGGGCCUCCUCAGUUGUGCAAAACCGAUGAGAUAGGAGAGAUAAUAAUCAACUCCCGUGCUGGAGGCAACAUGUACUACGGUCUGCCUGGACUCACCAAAAACACCUUUGAGGUGAUACCGGUUAAUGCUAAUGGAGUUCCCAUUGGAGAGAUUCCAUUUGUGCGGUCAGGACUCCUGGGUUUUGUUGGCCCAGGCAGUCUGAUCUUUGUGGUGGGGAAGAUUGAGGGGCUGCUGAUGGUGAGUGGGCGGAGACACAACGCUGAUGACCUGGUGGCCACUGCGCUUGCUGUGGAGCCAGUCAAGACUGUGUACCGUGGGAGGAUCGCUGUGUUUUCAGUGACAGUGUUCUAUGAUGAGAGGGUAGUGAUUGUGGCGGAGCAGAGGCCAGACGCCAGCGAGGAGGACAGCUUCCAGUGGAUGAGCCGAGUGCUUCAGGCUAUCGACAGUAUCCAUCAGGUGGGCCUCUACUGCCUGGCUCUGGUCCCAGCCAACACCUUACCUAAAACACCCCUGGGCGGCAUCCACAUCUCUGACACCAAGCAGUUCUUCUUAGACGGCACCCUGCACCCGUGCAACAUCCUAAUGUGUCCCCACACCUGUGUCACCAACCUGCCCAAACCCAGGCAGAAGCAGCCAGUUGGUGUAGGUCCCGCCUCUGUGAUGGUGGGCAACCUGGUUGCAGGGAAGAGGAUUGCCCAGGCUGCAGGCAGGGACCUCGGCAUGAUGGAAGACCAGGAUCUUGUCCGGAAGCUCUGUAUGUGGCCCACUGUGAUGCAUCAGUAUUUGACGGAGGCUCUACAGUGGAGGGCGCAGACAGACGCAGACCAUGUCCUCUAUGUGCUUCUUAACGCCAAGGGUGUAACAGUGGGCACAGCAACCUGCGUCCAGCUUCAUAAGAGAGCAGAGAAGAUAGCAGCGGCGCUCACUGAGAAAGGCAGCAUCAACACUGGAGAGAAUGUAGUGUUGCUUUAUCCUCCUGGCAUUGAUUUGAUCGCUGCCUUCUACGGUUGCCUCUACGCCGGAUGUGUUCCUGUGAACGUCAGACCUCCACACCCUCAGAACCUGGCAGCCACUCUGCCUACUGUCCGCAUGAUUAUUGAUGUCAGUAAAGCAGCGUGUAUCCUUACGACUCAGAAUCUAAUGCGGAUCCUGCGCUCCAAAGAAGCUGCUGCCUCUGUCAACAUUAAAACGUGGCCAACAAUCAUUGACACAGACGACCUUCCUCGCCGCCGGCCUCCACAGAUUUAUAAGCCGCCCACAGCAGAGAUGAUAGCUUAUCUGGACUUCAGUGUCUCGACUACAGGCAUGCUCACUGGGGUCAAGAUCUCUCAUGCAGCGGUCAGUGCACUGUGUCGCUCUAUAAAGCUGCAGUGUGAACUGUACUCCUCUCGCCAAAUAGCCAUCUGCCUGGAUCCAUACUGUGGUCUGGGAUUUGUCUUGUGGUGCCUCGCAAGUGUUUACUCAGGUCACCAGUCCAUCCUGAUCCCUCCCUUUGAGUUGGAGAGCUGCGUGUCUCUGUGGCUGAGCACGCUCAGUCAAUACCGCAUCAGAGACACCUUCUGCUCCUACUCCGUCAUGGAGCUCUGUACUAAAGGACUGGGCACACAGACAGAGUUACUCAAGGCCCGUGGUGUGAACCUGUCAUGUGUACGAAGCUGUGUGGUGAUAGCAGAGGAACGCCCUCGCCUGGCCCUCUCACACUCCUUCUCUAAGCUGUUUAAGGACGUGGGGCUUUCAUCUAGAGCAGUCAGCACUGCUUUUGGCUCCAGAGUUAACUUGGCCAUCUGUCUGCAGGGCACUACUGGUCCUGACCCCUGUACAGUCUAUGUGGACAUGAAGUCCCUGCGCCAUGACAGAGUGAGGCUGGUGGAGAGAGGAGCACCUCAGAGCCUCCCCCUGAUGGAGUCUGGCAAGAUACUGCCGGGUGUUCGUGUGAUAAUUGUGAAUCCAGAGACCCGAGGUCCGCUUGGCGAUUCUCAUCUUGGAGAGGUCUGGGUGAACAGCCCUCAUAAUGCCAGUGGCUACUACACCAUCUACGGAGAGGAGAGCCUCCAGGCAGACCACUUCAACACCAAGCUCAGCUUUGGAGACCCGCAGACGUUAUGGGCAAGGACUGGAUACUUGGGUUUUGUGAAGAGGACCGAGCUGUUGGAUGCCAGUGGUGAUCGACAUGAUGCUCUCUUUGUGGUGGGCUCUCUGGAUGAGACCCUGGAGCUAAGAGGGCUGCGCUACCACCCCAUUGACAUUGAAACCUCAGUGUCCCGAGCUCACCGCAGUAUUGCUGAGAGUGCUGUGUUUACGUGGACCAACCUGCUGGUGGUGGUGUCAGAGUUGUGCGGUUCAGAGCAGGACGCGCUGGACCUGGUGCCUCUGAUAACCAACGUGGUCCUGGAGGAGCACCACCUCAUUGUGGGUGUGGUGGUUAUUGUGGACCCUGGGGUUAUACCCAUCAACUCCAGGGGAGAGAAGCAACGCAUGCACCUUCGGGAUUCUUUCCUCGCUGACCAGCUGGAUCCCAUUUACGUUGCUUACAAUAUGUGAGGGGCUGUGGUGGUCUGGGCUUCUUAAGCCAUUAUCCACAGUCAGGAUGCUUCUGCACCAUUAUCCUGGCUCUCUAAUCUGCUUCUGGCUUGGCAAACAGUGCAAGGCAAAAGCAUGUACUGCCCCCCAAGCCCUGUGUGACACCAGCAUAUCUUGGCCACUGCAUGUCUGUGACUGGACCUGCCAUGUUCUGGAGUUGUUCACUGUGUUUUAUAGAUAGAUUUUUGCAAAUGGGACUUCCAGGACAAUUCUACUUCAAAUGGCAAAGAAAAAAAAAGUCCUUGUUGCACUUUUUGGGGAAAGGGCGAAGCGACACAAACAACAGGACCACUUUUGAAAUCAAUUCUAUAUUAAUGUCUUUGUGAAAAUACAUUUUCUUAUUAUGUACUUACCACAAACCUCUUUUCCCUUUUGUGUCUACACUGAUUCCAAGAGCUACUACACUUCAAUCAACAACUUGAAAUAUUUUCUACAUGCAGCUUUCAAACAGAUGCACACAAAUACACGUGCCGAGCCCUUAUCAUUUCUCACGAACUUGGAUAAAAAAAAGAGGGAACGAGACAGCAAAGUCUUAAACUAAUAGGGAGUCUGUGUACAUUAUUUAAAUAGCUCAUAUUGUCCCAUGAUACUGAAGCCAAAUAGAUUUUCACAACAUUGCUGCCCUAAUAUACUGUAUUUCCUGCCUUAUAAAACUUCAGCCAUACAUUCCUAUCUUAAAUUUUAAUGAAUCUGUCGUUAAUGGCUGUUUAUUUUCCUUUGGCUUUGAUUAGUAGUGGAAAUCCUGACAGACAGAUAUCCAAAAGGAUCAAAAUAAGAGAAAAGAGGCCAUAUUCUGUACUGUACCUACAAAGGCCACUUUGUAUUUUAGAUACUGUAUGUUACUGUAUAGAUAUUUUUAAUUGUAUAAAUGUAUAAAUGCUUGACUCAUCUCUCUCAGUUGAUGGUUUAUGGAGAGUUAACCAAGCUGGGAGGUGACAAUAGUAGCAGAGAGAAGAUUGUAAAUAAGAUUUAACAGCUUUUAGAGUACUUUUGAAGUGGAGUAGUAGUUGUAUAAUGGAGGAUAAAGAUUAAUAACUAUAAAUCAGUUAAUCAGGAUGAUACAAUGUUGCACUUUCUCAAAAAAAUGUUUAUUUUAUUAUAAAAGUGAGGCAUUAUAACUAACGUUUCAGGAUCAUGUUUUAUUCUGAGGAAUCUCGUUUGAGGAAUUAAUGACAGGAACGUUUCCUGAAGGCCAUAAAACAUUAAAAAAUGUGUGAGGAGAAGGCUAAAACCAAUAUCAUGACUGUUUCCAGGCUACCAGGUUAUUCUGUAAAAAUGUUUAAAAAAAAAAAAAGUUCCAUAACCGUUGAUCCAAUUUUAUUGCCAUUGUACUCUGUAUUGCACAGUCAUACCCUUCUCAGUUUUGUACUGCGUAAUAGAGCAAGUGUUUGAGAGUUGGCCCUUUCCUUUUCCUCUUCACGAUCAAAGUUGAUUUUAAAUGUUUUGUCUUUGUGGAACUUUGUAAAAAAAAAUUACUUUAAAGUCCAACAAAGUUGUUGGUAAGUCUGUAGUCCAUAGCGGCAAGUCAUCAUGUUGUCUGGAUUACUUUCUGUGUUCAGUCACUGGAUUUAUAAGCACUUGUGGAUGUGGUGGCUAAGCUGAGCCACAUCAGAAACACAGUUGACUGGCAAAUAAAAUAGUACUUGUAAGAAAAAUAGAAAAAAGAAAAAGAGAUAGAAAAAAUUUACAUCAAGAUGUAUCUGCAAAUCGUAUUUGGUUUCCUGCAAUCUUGUGCUUUUCUUGUGCUCCUUGCCAUAAUUUAUAGGUUCUUUGUACUGGAUUAUGCUGUAUUUCAGUGAUGAACCCUUACUGUCAACAUGUAAAUAAGUUUUCUGUUAUUUCUAGACUUUUGCAGUUGUAGAUCUGUCUCAUUGCAACAUUCAAUCAUGCCAAACACGAAGUUAGAAAGAUGUUUAAUCAUUUUGAUGUAAAAAGGAAUAUUAUCCAUUGAAUUACUGCACUUUGCACUGGUGGUACCUACAGUAGGUACAACAACAUUUGAGUGAUUGAUUUAUUUAUCCCCAUUUCGUGUUUCAUUAAAUGUGUUCAUAACUUUAGAAAUAUAACGCUUGACAUAUGAUUUCGCUCAGUUAUGAAGUCCACCUAGAAAAAAGACAAAUAGCACCGCAUCUUAGCUUUAACAUUACAUCCUAUUUUUGCAUGACUCAGCCGAGCACAAUAAGAAAUCAGCUUGACACACCGCUCAUCUCGAGGCACACGUGGGAGUGUGAUUUACAGCAUAUGUAUGAAAUUGCAUAUUCAGGGAACAAAACUCAUACAAACACAGGGAUGGACCUGGUGGUCCCUUGGUGCAAUCUGUGAAUAGUACCCAUAAAAUGUAGACGUUUGUCCAUAUGAAUUUCCUUUUAAUUAAGGCAGACCCUGCGAAUCUGAUGAGCAGAAAGAGGCGUUACUGACAACCAUCUACCAUCUACCUGCUUUGCUGAGAAGUCUACAAGGGCUUCCUCGGGUUUCUGCUCUUUCUCUCUGUCAGACUUCUAACACACUAUGCAAUCCCAAUGACAGUGCAAUUUAAUUUCAAAGCUUGUACAGUCUGGUGAAAUAUACAUGAUGCUUCUACAUUUUGUAAUAACUAUGAACAGGAGACUGAUGAAAUUUAACCAGUAGUGUACUUAAGACUAUUCAUCUCUCUUGAGUUGUUCUAUUAAUAUUUUGUGUAUGCACUCUUGAUAUGUUGUACUAUAUUAAUUAUUUGGUGAAUUAAUUGGUCCGUGAGGGCGUGAUCCACUAAUGAAUCUUUAAUGCUGGGGAGACAUUUUAACUCAUAUAGUUAAGAAAUCCAGAUGAUAUACCCCUUCCCAUUUUUCUCACUUAUUUUCUAUUUUGG